CUAGCAGUAGCAAGAUACAACAAAGUUUGUAUUAAAAUGGUGUUUCUUACGGUAGUGACAUUAGCAGUCGUUGUAAGUGUACUACUGUAUUAUUACUUUACAAGAACUUUCUCUUAUUGGAAGGACCGAAAUGUUGCCGGACCGAAACCUAUACCGUUUUUCGGAAACAUGUAUAAAUCCGCUUUGCGCUACGAUAAUAUGGGUGGAGUUUUUAAAAACAUAUACGAAAGUUUCCCAAAUGAGAAAGCGGUGGGAAUGUUCAGGAUGACAACUCCAACGCUCAUUGUACGAGAUCUCGACAUUUUAAAGCAUAUUUUGGUAAAAGAUUUCGACAAAUUUGUGGAUCGAGGCUUGGAGUUCAGCAAAGAAGGGCUAGGACAAAACCUGUUUCACUCCGAUGGGGACACAUGGCGAGGACUGAGAGCUCGAUUUUCACCCAUAUUUACAAAUUCAAAGCUAAGAAAUAUGAUGUAUUUGCUCAAAGAUCGAGGUGAUAAGUUCGUUGAUUACGUAAGUGAGAUUAUAGCGACGACACCCGAGCAGGAUGUCCAUGGAUUGGUGCAGAAGUACACAAUGUCAUCGAUAACUGGGUGCGCCUUCGGUCUGGAUAUAGAUACCUUUCGUGGAGAUAUUCAAGCUCUAACAAGAGUCGAUAAGGAAAUAUUUACCCCUAAUUAUGCUCUUGAGUUUGAUAUGCUGUUCCCAGGUGUCCUUAAAAAGUUAAAUAUGUCCGUACUCCCGGCGUACGUAAGGAAUUUUUUUAAAGAGCUUGUCGAAACUGUAACUACUCAAAGAAACGGACAGCCGUCAAAUAGAAAAGACUUUAUGGAUUUGAUGUUAGAAAUGAAGAAUAAAAAACAACUCGAAGUAACCAAAAAGGACAGUGAUGGAGAAGCCUUUACUAUUGAGAUAACUAAGAGUGUAAUGGAAGGACAAGCCUUUAUAUUUUACGUUGCCGGUUAUGAGACCUCAGCUUCGACUAUGGGUUUCAUGUUGUACCAUCUAGCAUUGGACACUAAAAUACAGGAAAGAUUAAGAAAUGAGAUAGAUGCAUACGUUGAGAGACAUAACAACAUAAUAGAACUGGAUACAUUGAACGAGUUACAAUAUUUAGAUCAAGUUUUUAGUGAAACUCUCAGGAUGUACCCGAUACUGGACAAUUUACAAAGGAAGGCUGAAAACGAUUACGAAUUACCGGGAACGAACGUCAAAGUAGCUAAAGAUCAACUUGUGGUCAUAUCUGUUUCGGGUAUUCACCACGAUGAGAAGUACUACCCAGAACCGGAGAAGUUUGAUCCCGAUAGGUUUUCUCCAGAAAACGUAGCUGCCAGGCAUUCCUUCGCGUAUUUGCCCUUUGGCCUUGGACCGCGACAUUGCAUUGGAAUGCGGUUUGCUCGCGUGCAAUCCUAUGUGUGUAUAAUCCGAUUGCUCUCAAAGUUCCGACUGGAAGCUGGCAAGAACACCGUUCGCUCCUUUUCCCACAACCCAUAUCGCCAUCUGAUCGCUCCGGCCAAGACCCUGUACGUGAAUGUUUACCCGCGGUAGGACCUGUAUAAAUGAAUUAUAAAACUAUUAUCUAUUCUAGAAGUAUUAGAACAAAUUAAAUUAUUUUCAGAAAAUAUUUUAAUUUGUUUUUGUUUCAAGUAGAAACACUACUAUAUAAAUUAUAAACUGAAAUAAAUGUCCAAUGAAAAAGUGUCCCGGAUAUGUCCUCAAACUACGUCCAAAAGGGAGGAAUGGGCACUGUGAACAUCUCGCUGUGUGUGGUCGGCACAGGACAGCGGAUGUCAUUCCAGAUCUAGAGCAGAGCCCAACUGGGGAAGUACCUUCACCUUACAGAAAACCGCAGCCAAAUAACACUAGACCCUACUCAUAGUCCGUGUUCCUGUCGGUAAGUAAGGUUGCCAGAGCUCAACGAGGGAGAGGAGUGUUAGGGUCGGCAACGCGCGUGUAAUAUCUCCGGUGUUGCAAGCGUCCAUAGGCUACGGUAACUGCUUACCAUCAGGCGGGCCGUAUGCUUGAUUGCCACCGACGUGGUAUAAAAAAAAAGUGACCAAGGCCUCCAGUGCUCCAGUGCACUUUUUCUAAAUAUAUGACAUUUAUUUCAGUUUAUUAUCUAUUCAUUAGAU